AUGACAGCCUCCUGCUGUGGCUCUGCCUUCUCCUCCCUGAGUCUUGGGGGAGGCUGCUGCCAGCCCUGUUUCCGUGGCUACCCCUCCUGCUGCCGCCCCGUGUCCUGCCAGACCACCGUUUGCCGCCCCGUGACCUGCGAUCCCCACUACACGCGCUCCAUCUGCGAGCCCUGCCGCCGCCCCCGCUGCUGUGACCCCUGCUCCCUGCAGGAGGGCUGCUGCCGCUCUAUCAGCUGCUGCCCCACGUCCUGCAUGGCCGUGGUCUGCCGGCCUUGCUGCUGGGCCUCCACCUGCUGCCAGCCCAUCUCUGUGCAGUCCCCCUGCUGCCGCCCCCACUCCUGGCAGCCAGCCCCCUGCUGCACCGUCUGCAGGACCUCCCGCUGCUGA